GCGCGCGCUCCCGACAACUCUCCUGACCAACUUCCAGAGUAAAUCAGCAGCAGAGAAGUUGUGAGAGGAAAAGUCAGACUCGGUCCGGAGAGGAGAAGCUGAGUGAACUUUAAAGCGACCCCGUCCAGCAGCAGGAGCCAACAUGGACGACCUAGACGCGUUGCUGGCAGACCUGGAAUCAACAACAUCCCACAUCUCAAAGCGACCAGUGUUCUUGCCUGAGGAGACCCCCUACUCCAUCCCUACGGGAGGACAUUCUUACCAGGAUGUGUCAGUUCCACCCCCAGUCCCACCUCCGCCCUCAGCCGAGGCAUUGAAUGGUUCCCUGAUAGAUCAGCCGGACUCUCACCACUCCUCUCAGCAGUCUUUAGGUUCAGCACAGAAGAGCUCAUGGUCUAGAGACAGUAGCAGCUCUCCGUUGUCUCACAUUGAAGAGGACCACGUCUACAGUUUUCCAAACAAACAGAAGUCAUCUGACUCGUCAACAGCAGCUAUGACCUCUGCUCUGGGCAAUAACCUCUCUGAGCUCGACAGGCUUCUGCUGGAACUCAAUGCAGUACAACAGAGCUCCCCUUCAUUCCCCACGACAGAGGAGGCAGCUCCACCCUUACCUUCCUGCAGCAUCACCCACUACGAGAACGGCAGUUGUCCUGACAUCAUGGUGAGCCCUCCGCCUCAUGAGAAGCCCCAGAGGAACGGAGCGAGGCUGGAUGAAUCCCGACCCAGUGUGGAGAGUCUCUUGGACGAGCUGGAGGGCUCAGUGCCAUCACCCAGCCCCCCUGCUUGUCACAGUGACUUGGACAGCCCCUCUCAGCAACAAGCCAGAAUCUCAGCUUCCUGUGCCACGAGAGAGUUAGAUGAGCUAAUGGCCUCUCUGUCUGACUUCAAGCCCAGUUCUUUGGGUUCACUGUUGGAGCCAGCAGGAGCAUCUUCCAGCUCUCCUCAUCCUCCAAUCUGUUCCUCCGUCACCCCAGUAGCGUCUCCUUUUCCUAGUCUGUCCCACCCAUCUGCCUGUGACUCUCCCCUCUUCUCUUUGCCUGCUGGUCUAGAGUUGCACAUAGAUGAGGAAGGAGGAGACGGUGGUAUGUCGAUGGCCUAUCCACAUCGCCUUCCCCUCCACAGCCCCAUAUCCUCACUUUCUGCAGCCAGUGAUCUAGACAUUGACUCUGCCAUAGAUAUCUCUGCCGCCAUGCUGUCAAACCAAACCAGGUCUCUACUAGUCCUCUCUCAGUCUGCGUCAUCCAACUCCUACUCGAUGAGAAAUAGCCCGAGUCCUUCAAAUACCACCACCACCCCGUCACUCACGUCAGUUAACACUGUACUGGACCACAAGUCUUCAAAGGGCUCCAGUCAAUCGGUAGAACGGAUCUCCCCCUCAAAUACUGUCGGUGUAUUUUCGUGUGAUCCUGAGACUAUGAGCAGGGGAUCUGCUUCUUUUCAUGAACUUGAUAUGACUUGCUACACUCCAUCUCCCUCAAAAAACCUCACCCCUACUCUCUCAGUGCCAAAGACUCCUUCACCUCUCCCUGUUGCUCUCUCUUUAUCUCCACCUUCUGUGCAUGCCUUCUCAAAAACCUCCUCACCAUCUCUAGUCUCCCCAUCGAUGGUCCCCUCCCCACUGGACUUCACUAGUAGCCACAGCAGGCAGCUGUCGGAGCUGGCACCGGUCGCCCAGAGAGCAAGCCCCUUCGCUGUGCAGUCAGCCCCCAUGGAGAAUCCCUCCCUGAAUGAGGCUCUAGACAAACUGCUAGCUAUGCGUUUUGCACAGGAUCACUCAGCAGAGCAUGUUGGGGAACCACAGCUGAAGAUGGAAGCACAGUGUCUGGGCAGAGGAAUGCCGGAGGUGCACGAGGAGCUCAUCCUGCCCAUGGACAGAAACUGCUUGCAGCCUGACACCUUUACCAGUGCCACCAACACCAUCACAGACGACUCUGUGGACGGAGGCACUGAUGGAAACGGGGACCUGGACUGGGCUGAUGAGGACCUGUCUGUGUCUCUCCACGAUGGCCUGGAUGGCACCAUGACACCCUACACUGAGAGGCUGUACACAGAUGGCAGCAUGACCCCAUUGACAGAGGCCAGCUGGAUGGAUGAGUCCAUGACCCCGUCUUCGUGCCCUGGGACCCCGGACGUUGGCCUGGACCUUCCCAUGAUGCAGACUCCCAAUAUAGACCGAGUCUCUGCAUCCGGACAUAUAAAGUCAGUGAUAAGACGCACUAAGGAGACUACCAACGUACAUCCCAUGUUCCGAGAUGGUCUGCUGCGCAGGAAGAUGGGACCCGUCAUUGUGAACAAGAACAGUUCUCAGGACCGCCUCAUCGAAGAGCUGCAGGGAAAGUUUGGGAUCGGCCGCUCAGAGCGCCGACGUAAACAGUCUGAUGACUGGCUGACCGAGGGGGUCAUUGUCUCGUCCAAACCCCAGCGUUUCCGUCCUGACGGGGACAGCGAGGUCGACAAGAUUAUGGCCCAAGGUAAGGGCGGGGUUCCUGGUGGGCCCCCAACACAGGUCAACAAGCUGGACAACAUGCUUGGUAGUCUGCAGUCUGACCUCAACAAACUGGGCGUGCAGACAGUAGCUAAAGGAGUAUGCGGUGCCUGCUGUAAACCAAUCGUAGGACAGGUGGUGACUGCCAUGGGCCGCACAUGGCACCCUGAACACUUUGUGUGCACACACUGUCAAGAGGAGAUCGGCUCCAGGAACUUCUUUGAGCGUGAUGGACAGCCCUACUGUGAGACGGAUUACCAUAACCUGUUCUCCCCACGCUGCUACUACUGCAACGGGCCCAUACUGGAUAAAGUUGUGACGGCGCUGGACAGGACAUGGCAUCCAGAACACUUCUUCUGCGCUCAGUGUGGAUCCUUCUUUGGCCCGGAAGGUUUUCAUGAGAAGGAUGGAAAAGCCUUCUGCAGGAAGGAUUACUUUGACAUGUUUGCGCCGAAAUGUGGAGGCUGUGCCCGAGCCAUUCUGGAGAAUUACAUCUCAGCACUGAACAGCCUCUGGCACCCUGAGUGCUUUGUGUGCAGGGAGUGCUUCACCCCGUUUGUAAAUGGAAGCUUCUUUGAGCACGACGGUCAGCCCUACUGUGAAGUGCACUACCACGAGCGCCGCGGCUCCCUCUGCUCCGGCUGUCAGAAGCCCAUCACUGGCCGCUGCAUCACGGCCAUGUCCAAGAAGUUCCACCCGGAGCACUUUGUCUGCGCCUUCUGCCUGAAACAGCUCAACAAGGGCACCUUCAAAGAACAAAAUGACAAACCCUACUGCCACGGCUGUUUCGUCAAGCUGUUCAGUUAGAGCAUUCAACUUUAACCACAUGUGGGUCAGGGCUCAGAUAAAGUGUCAAAAGCCUCUUUGGCACAGGUGGGAUGAGAACGGAUUGUGUUGGCCUAAAAAAAAGAAAAGUAGCCUGUUUUUUAAUGGUGACAUGGGAGGUGUGUAGAGGUUUGGAAAUGUGAAUGAGGUAGAAGCAGUGACUCUGCCGGACUAAAAUACUCGUUAAAUGUCCUUCAGAAAAGUGGGUAGCUAGACAGUCAGACAGCAACUGGCUUAAGAAUCAUCCGUGGGUUUUGAGUAGGUCAAACAGUCUCAGUGUGAUGAUCAAUAUUUAAAGGACGCGGACAGUGAAAGGGAGAUAAGAAAAGUUUUUCAAAUCAACACUGAGGUUUCAAAUCAACCAAUUUUUCUCAUCCAUUGUGUUGGACAUUUUCUACGGGCAAAGAGCUGUCGUUCUUAUUUUUCUCUUCUCUCAUCGUUGUGUUUUCAAAUCUUUUUAAUCUUGUUUUUUCUUUAUAGAAGGUGGUUAAAUCGUACUGAACACUGUAGAAAUCCAUGAAAUACUCUUGUGUGUAUGACAUUGUUGCUCACUGGUUGAGUGUGUCAUUGUAGUUAACAUAAAGGAAAAAGAAAAAAACAGUAAACUAUAGCACGGAACAGGUGACUUGUUGUUUUUUAGCCUGAAAAUAUAACCCUUUUUUUUAUCUACAAAAGAAAAUUAAAUGAGUUUUUAUAUGAAACCUUGAGAAGAUGGAUAAAAAAUGGGCUGAGUCCACUUUCACAAGUUUUUAUUUUUAUGUGUGAAGGUGAUUGUAGUGUCAUUACACUCACUCGGCCCAGGAAAAAACACCGUUAUAUGAAUGAUAUUUUUCUUAUAAAUUAAUCAAAAUGUCACUUUCACUUUAUGACACCAGAAUCUCAAUCACUCACACACACAUGCUUUUAGCCAAAGUAAAAUAAUGUAUGGAUGAAUAUGUUACAGUGAAGAGAUUCAGUUGGUAGCCUUCCACCUUUAGCUGCAGUAUUUCACUUUCUCCAUCACAUUUAAAUAAACCCCAUGUUUUUGUGCUGCCAAAUCAUUCCUUAUUUGUUGUCCACUGAAGAAAAAAAUCUAAAACGGUUCAGUCGCAUCUUACAACGAACUGGAUCUCCCAAAAUUAUUGGGAGGAUAUUGGGAACAUCUUCUGCUACCGUUGCUGUUUCUGAGAAGGUCCUGGAAUUUUUUUCAAUGUAAAUAUCCAAUGCAGCUACUUUGUAAGUAAAGCGCUGGGUUGCUUAGCGUGUUACACGUGUGUGAUAACCACUCAUCUGAAGAUGCUGGUGAGAAGGCAGAGCAGAGACACGUUCAGGUGUUGUUACUGUAUUGAGAAGCUGAUGAAUGUUCAUUGUUUUCAAUGAGUAGUUUAUAAAGCAAGGAAAUCUUCAAACGUGUCCGUGAUACUCAAGUAACUUUGUAUUUCAGUGUUCUAACACAAGUGCGUCUGUACCAUUGUAUCAGCACCAACAUCACUACGUCUAAUGACACUGGCAAAUUACUGACAACAGAUCUACAGCCCAAAGUUCAGUUUUCAACGUCUGUGAGCCUGGUGGUCUGUUCCAAUAAAUCACAGAACCUCCAUCAGCAUCUGAGCAGCAUCUACUGUAUAUGAGCACCAGGUUGGGUCUGAACACGGUGAAUCAUGACAUGCAGCAGAUAUUUUCGUCUCAUUCAGGGAAAUCUCAGAGCCUUAAAUCUUUCUCUCGCUCUAUUAAAGAGAUUGUGUAACGGUUUUCUGUUCAAAUCAAUCUAGUCGAGUGUUAUUUAACCAAAGCCAUAACUUCUUUGAAAUGUUUUUUCUGUUCACUGUUUUUUCUUUUCUUUUCACUUUGAAUGUGGAUAGUUAUGAAUCCUGAGAUUCUUCACCUCUCGCCUGAUUACACCAAUAAAUUCUGUUUUGGUAUCAAAA